AUGGUUUUAAAAAUCUGUGCAGACUCUGAUGACUCUCAGGACGAGGACGAGGACGAGGCCGGACACGAGUCGGAUUCGUACGAUUUCGACGCAAAUCCAAAGCCCACUAGAGAGACCGAACGGCAACAACACCUAACGAGGGUGCAGCCUGGGCAACAACACCUAACGGGGGUGCAGCCUGGUGGGGGAUACAAAACUAUUGCUGGCCUGCACUACAUGUAUCAUAAUCAAGGGAUGGCGCCGCCCCUGCGUGGGCAUCGCGUCAGUCUCCAAAAAAUGUUUGCGUGCUUUGUAGUCUUGUUUAUGACGUCAUGGUAUCGCGCACACUACCACUGGACCACUCUCCGUCUUUCAGUGCUCGAGCUUCAAAGUACGCUGUCCGGUUUCGAACGAAGACAUGCACUAAAGAUCACUGCCGUUAAAGGUAAACUAUUACAGUAUGAAGAAGAGCUCGCUUCUUGGAAGUCUCGUUACAGAACACUAGAGUUGCACUCAAUGGAACAGCUUCUGAAAGCUGCAAAUGAGCUCAACCUGUCUGAGGGGGCAGCAAAAUCCAGUACCAAUUCUAUGGAAGGUGUGAGUCGUCAAGGUGGGACCAAAAAACCAUCGCAGAUCGGGAAUCAAUACGCACCUAAGACUGCGGAAGUCUUGAAGCGCGGUGCAUUUCUAGCACUCGGUGCAUGCUCUGCAGGAGAAGCACAGCUGUGUCGCAACGCAGUUGAAUUCCCUACACAGCCCGCGAAAGAAUCGCGGGAUGGAAAGGUAAGUUUUAUUAACGCAAGUUUGCGCUUUACUCUAGUGGAAGCCUUGAAACAGACGGUGGAUGGGACUCGAGGCGCGCUCAGAGAAGCUCGCCAUACUUUUACACCGCGUCCAGACAAUCAUACGCUGCAAAGAUGUGCAUCCCAAUUCAAUAAACCGCCGCCACUAUCAGCACAGCUACGUGCUUUUGCAGAGCAUGUUUGGGCGCUGGGAUCAGAACGGCGAAUCGCUUACUCUGUGGUAGACUACCACUAUCGGAGGGGCGUGGCUGAUGUUGCUCUCAACUACAAGAGUGCCUGCGAUGUCACUUCGUUUCUCUGCGUUGCACUAGACCUCAAGACGGCGGUCCAUGCAUGCGCCCUGGGCCUCGAUGCCGUCCUCUACACCGCGAAUAAAGCGGAAAUUGAGGGAAUUGUAAAAAAACGCCAGCUAGAGCUUCGCGCACGCAAUAAUUGCCAGUCUCGUCUACGCGGGAAGGAGGGCCAUGGAGGGCAGUUAGAUGCGGGGAAAUAUGCCAUACUGGGCACUGGCAGAGGUGCAGGGAUUGGCGCGCCCCGACAGGGGGGGGGGCGAGAGUCUGCCGCGCCUCCGUCGCGCGCCCGAAGCCACCCUUUGAGGGGGGACAAUUUUGAGCGCGGCUGCAAACUUCUUGCACAGUUAGACCAGCAGCGGUGGGACAACGAUGAGAGUUUCAGGAAUCUGGUUGUGGCAUUGACAGCGAUUGAUCGGAGCAUGCUCGAUGAAGAAGAGAACAGCGGCGAUGAGCGCGAAGCUUGUAUUGAGGGUGGCCGCCCCCCAGUUCGGACCGGUGCGCCGCCACUCGACGGGAACCGUGGCGCGUCCAAGUCAAUUUUUGAAAUUUUCCGGAAGGAGGCUCUCAGUAAGCGUACGUUCACGGACGUAGUAAUUACAGCAGCAGAGGAGCGAAAUCUUUCUGAGGCCCUGACGCAGCAGUUGACCAAGGACAAUGAUGGUAGACUAUUCCUUCCAACGUUACGCUUCACAAAGCCCUCAAAACCGCACAACAAGAGUGUGAUGCCAAAGCCGUUGAGUGCAGACCAGUUGUACCAAAACAAGCUUUUCGUGAAACAAUGUCGAAUCACGUGGAAGCGCGCUCAGAGAGAGAUGCAUUCGAAGCUCGGCGCACACCUGGAGAAAGUGAGUGCGGUCGUGGCAGUCGGGGAUCGGGCAAAGGUCACAGCGACGGGCCUGUGGCAAAUAGGCGUGAAUCAGCUAGCUAAGUGGAGCGAAGAGGAUGAGGAGGCAAAACGGCAAACGGCAAAGGAGGAUCAGCUCGAGAGAGAAGACCGCGCCAAAAUCACUCAUGCAGGCUUCGUGAAGCGUAAAGAUCGCCAACUCAUCAGG